AUGAGCGCGGGCGGCGGCGCGGCGCCGGCGGCGCGGGCCCGGGAGGGCAGCCCCGGGGCGGGCGGCUUCGCCCCGUCGGCGCUGGGGACCCGCGAGCAUUGGGAUGCUGUGUAUGAGCGGGAACUGCACACUUUCCAAGAAUAUGGAGACACGGGAGAAGUCUGGUUUGGGGAGGAGAGUAUGAAUCGACUCAUAAGGUGGAUGCAAAAACACAAGAUCCCAAUGGAUGCUUCGGUGCUUGAUAUUGGAACCGGAAAUGGUGCUCUCCUGGUUGAACUUGCAAAGCUCGGUUUCUCUAACAUUACUGGCAUUGAUUACUCACCUUCUGCGAUACAGCUUUCCAGAAGUAUUAUAGAGAAAGAAGGGUUAUCUAACAUUACGUUGAAGGUGGAGGACUUCCUGCAUCUCCCCGCAGAGCUGUCUGGCUUCCACGUCUGCGUGGACAAAGGCACCUUGGAUGCCAUAAGCCUGAGUCCUGACGGUGCCGCCGAGAAGAGGAGGCAGUACGUGAGCUCUCUCUGCAGGGUGCUGCGACCGGAAGGCUUCUUUCUGAUCACCUCCUGCAACUGGACCGCGGAGGAGCUGCGGAACGAGUUCCGGGAAGGAUUUGAACUUUUCGAAGUGUUGCCAACACCCAAGUUCAGCUUUGGAGGCCGGUCUGGAAACACUGUGGCUGCAUUGGUUUUCCAAAAAACGUGA